AUGAUGAACGGCGCUUGUGACGGUCGCGACUCGACCGCGGGAGAAAAUGCAAGCAUCGACGCCUUGACUCAAGCUAAUGGAUGCGGCUCGCCUGGCGAUACGCUUCGUGUUCAGCAUUUGCGAGAUGAAGUUCUUGACCAGCUGAGGGCCAUCAUCGACCCGGAUCUCCAAAAAGAUAUCGUCAGCUUGGGAUUUGUACGCGAUUUGGACAUCGAUCCACAUGCCGGCUCUGUAAAGUUUCGGUUGCGUCUGACCACCCCUGCGUGCCCAGUCAAAGACUUUUUUGUCUCUGAGUGCAAAAAGCGUCUUCUUGCCCUUGACUGGGCUAACAAGGCAGACGUCGAGCUAGACAGUCUAAAGCCCGUGACGGCGGGCGAAGACGGCCUCAAGCGCGUCUCCUUCCUGCUGGCUGUCACAUCCUGCAAGGGCGGUGUGGGCAAGUCGACUGUCGCAGUCAACUUGGCGUUCAUGCUGCGACGCAUGGGCGCGCAGGUUGGUCUCCUCGACGCCGACUUGUACGGGCCUAGCCUGCCUGUUCUGCUCCCGCUCGCGGACACCACUAUUUAUUUCGAGGACGACGGAGGAGAGCGCGAAAGGGACACAGCACUCGAAAACCCACGGAGAAAACGAAACGCAGACACGAGGCAGACGCGUUCUAUCGCCUUCGAGGGACCGGCAGCCAAUUCCGCAACCAGCGUCAAGACGUCUGCAGAUGCGGACUCAGGCGACGAGGCAAAGCCUCAGCCCAAACUGCGGCCGCUGGAACACAAUGGAGUCAAAGUCAUGUCAUACGGAUUUAUCCGGAACUCUGGAUCUCAAGGAUUUUCUGCCCUGCGUGGGCCGUUUGCAAGCAGCGUAAUUGAGCAGCUGCUGACGGGCACUGCUUGGGGAGAGCUCGACUACCUCGUUAUCGACUUCCCGCCGGGAACUGGCGACAUCCACAUCACCCUUUCUCAGGCGGCUAAAAUUGAUGCAUGCGUCGUCGUGACGACCCCACAAACUCUCAGCACCGCGGAUGCGGAGAGAGGCGUAAAGAUGUUCAAUGAACUUGGGAUCGCAACUGUCUGUGUAGUCGAGAACAUGGCACACUUCGUUUGCGACGGAUGCCAGAAGAAACACAUCCUUUUUCCGGGAAGGCAGAACGUGAACCAGAUUGCUGAUCUCGCAGAGACGCCACAUGUUGUUCACGUUCCUCUCGAUCGGCGCCUGUCUCAGAUUCUUGGGAAUGAAGCCUGUGCGGACAACGGCUCGCAGACAGAACCAGCCGAAUGCGAAGUAGGGACAUUCCCUCUUGUCGAGCGGCUGCGGAAUUUUCCAGACGAUAAAGUCUACUCUGUGUUCAACGAGCUAGCAUCCGUCGUCGUGCGCGAGCUCUCGACUCUGCGCUACGGCUCUCAUGGACCUUCGGUGACCGUCUCGGGUGGCUCGCACGUGGAGAUCCGAAUCCCCCGCAGAAUGCGCAGACGCCACACAGACGAGCCGGCCAAGCGUUGGGCGCCCUCUGUCGAGGACUCUGAGAGCGAUGUCGGGCGAAGUGCAGCCGACGCCUCAGGCCCAUGGGAACAUGAGGCGGUCUCCGUUGAUGUAUUCACCCUGCCUCUUCGCCGCGUCCGAGAGGCUUGUGCGUGCGACAGCUGCACCGACGAAGGCCACGGAGGAGGCAGUCGGCGGCGGGGCGCAGGACCUGCGAAGCUCGGCUUGGCGGAGGUUUUUCACGCGUCUAACCGAAGUCUGAUUUUUGUCUGGACCGACGGCCAUCAGACUUCCUUGUCGUUUCAAGCCUUGGAACGUCUAGUGCAGGAAGAGGAUGAGAUUGCGGGUCGCGAAAGCGGGUCGGCCUGUUUGGCUGGAGCUCACCCGGAGCUCGAGUGGUGA